CUCGCCCGGUCCCCGGAUGCGCUGCUCUGCGCAGGCGUCGCGUCGCUCACGCCGGCCAGGGAGGGGUAGCUGGCGGCUGGUGGUUCGGACGGGCUGUGGCGGCGGCGGCGGCGGCGGGAUGUUGUUGAGGUAAAGCAGGAUGGAAGCAAUUUUGAGUAGACUGAGGCAACUUACCCCUGCUGAACUCAGGCAAGAAAUUCUUGGAGCAGGGCUGAACUGUGGACCUAUAACAUCAACAACUCGUCUAAUUUUUGAGAAGAAAUUAGCUCAGGCUUUGCUGGAAAGCCUGGGAGGAGCAGUAGCAAACCAACCGCCUGAGCCGGCCAGCAGCUCAACAAAACCUGAAGAAUACUCUGCUUUGUCAAGCAGUUCUGCUACUGGAUCUGACGGCAGCUCCAUAACGUGUUCGGAAACUGCCCAUUCACCUGCCGAUACCUGUACUGACAAAGAUGACCAUUUUGGAUAUGAUGUAGGAGUGAACCCUCCAGAUGAGUCACCAUUGUCAGACUUGCCAGAGGCUGUAAAUGUCAGUAGUUUACAGAACAACGUAGAACAGAUUUCAGAAAGAUCAGAUGUUUCUGCUUCAGUUUAUUAUGGAGUUUGCCCAGUCUGGGAUGACAUCUUGUCCAGAAAUGAUAAAGUGCAUGUAUACUUGGAUAAAAAAGAAGCUCUCCAAGCUGUAAAAAUGAUGAAAGGAUCACGGUUCAAAGCUUUUACCAACAAGGAAGAGGCUGAGAAGUUUGCCAAAGGUAUCUGUGACUACUAUCCUUCACCGACCAAAUCCUCUGCCUGUGUAGCGCCACUGAAAGGCAGUGUGAUCUACAACAGAGAUUGGCUGAGUUCUGCAGAAAUGGAAGGCACCAACAGGGAGCGAGCCAACAGUUACAAAAGUCCACGCUCUCAGGACUUAACAUCCAAGCUGCGGAAGGCUGUUGAAAAAGGAGACAGAGCUACCUUUCUUGAACUUGUGUGGAGCAAUCCACGUUACCUCAUUGGUUCCGGAGACAACCCUACAGUUCUACAGGAAGGUUGUCGGUACAAUGCUAUGCAUGUGGCUGCCAAAGAGAAUCAGCCACAAAUUUGUCAGCUUCUGCUGGAGACGUUGGAGAGUCCUGAAUUUAUGCUCCUUAUGUAUCCAGAUGAUGAUGAAGUUAUGCUGCAAAAACGCAUCAAAUACAUCGUUGACCUUUAUCUCAACACACCUGAUAAACGGGGCUUUGACACGCCAUUACACUUUGCCUGCAAGUUUGGGCAUGCGGAGGUGGUUAAUGUAUUAUGCUCUCAUCCUGAGAUCUGCAAAGCCUCAAAGAAUGCAUAUGGGUUUACUCCUGUGGAGGUUAUUUGUGAACGGAAUAACACUGUAUCUGAGGGGCUAAAGGACAAGAUCAAAGAAUAUUUACAAGAUCGAUAUUAUGUGCCAUUGCUAAGAGAUAUUGAGAACUCAUCUCCACCUGUCAUUGGUCCUCCCUGGUCACCUGACCCAGCAGAUAAGCUCCUCUGCACAUCUUUAUACAAGCACUCUGGGAAUCCCAAGGAUCCAGUUAUGGCAGUAAGGGCAUUUGCAGGACCCAUGUCCCCCUGCAAGGCAAGUGAAUUCCGUCGUGUGUGGAAAGCUCCAUCCCGAGAGAACACAAGCCAAUAUAAAAAGGCAGAUGUGAACCGAGGUUAUGAACGAGUUGGAAGGGAUUUAGCUCAUGAAAUGGGGCACCCAUGGGCCGAAUACUGGGAAUUUCUUGGCUGUUUUAUUGACCUUGCAACACCAGAAGGAAUCAGAAAAGUUGAAGAAUAUUUGAGCAAAAAAGAAUCGACUAGAAGAUCUGAACAGGAGGGAGGAGACAUCUAUAUCUGUAAUAGAUUCAAAAGUUCUCCAUCAAGUGGUAAAAGCAGUAAAUACAGCAACUCUGUCUCUGUCGGUGCUUUUGUGGAUAGUCUUGAAGAAAUUAAAAAUAGACAAAAUGCUGCACUGAAAGUCAGCAAAUCAGUCAUUUUACCUGGGAAUACCUUUGGUGCCAUUGAAGAAAACGGGUGCCAUAUACUUCCUGUGCAGCGCACAACAGACAUAAUUGACUCCGUAGACAAUCUAAGUAACCUCGACAAAGAGAUUUUGCCAAAUUUAAAUGGAGUCUGUUCUCCUGGUGACGAAAAGCCUGAAGAACGAUGUCCUCGUUCAUACACCAUCCCUGGGUCUGCAGGUGAUCUCUUCCCCAUUUCCAAUCUCAUGGCUGAAUUUGAAAGACUUUCCCUGCUAGACGACAGAGAGAGAAACUCGCUUUCUGACAGGCUCAUAGAAUCUCCAGAGAGCCAUGAGGUUGAAGUAAUGGCAAAGCUGAUGGAGGGUGACACUUCAGAUCUGGGGUCUCAACAGGGUGCUGAGAGUGAUGAGUUGAUUGGAAUGGGUUUGAGAAAUGAGGAUGCCUCAUUACUCGAGGCGAGGCCAAGCCAGCAGCCUGUGGUUGAAGGUGGCAGCCAAGUCACGGACUCACUAUCAUUAUGUACAUCAAAGAUUGCAGCUUUGAACCUUGAAAACAAGAGGAACUCCACACAGCACAGCAGCCUGCCCUGUAGGACAGUUCACUUGCCGUCUUUGACAAGGGAAGCCCCUGCACAGUUUUCAACACCGGAAUCCCCUGCGGCUCAAAUCAAACUCAACCAAAGGUACAAUAUGCAAUUGGAAAACUUCUGCAGAUGGCCAGAGGAUAGACAGCAGCCGCUGCCAAGGCACAGUCCGGGGUAUUUAAGGAAAGGAACUACCAAGGGGAUAUUUCUGUCUGGGUGUCAACAACCUUCAUUCCUCCAUUCCAGAGAUGAGCCAACUAAACUUGACAGUGAUGUUCUGGCUGCACUGAAUGGUGUUGUUAUUGACCCACAGAAGUUCCCAUGCCUACAUCGAUGGAAGAACCGAAUGCAGUCGUACUCUGUAUCAGAAAUGCAGAGUUGGCCAAGCCCUUCUCUCAAAGGGAAACUGAAAGUACAGUCCAACAUGCCAAGUUCUCCGUGCAGUCCUGGCACCUCUGUCCUUGGGAGACCUAGUCCACAAGGCUAUAGUCCUGGAAGGUUUGAGAGCUCCCCUUACACUGAGUUUGGAAGCCCAGGGCGCUAUAGUCCAGCAUAUGCAAGCCAUGUCCAAGUGCAGCAGCUUCUGCACUUCCAUGAACCUUCUUAGUGCUCACAUUUAGGGUUGUGAUACUGUUACUUUGCCCCACUUUAGAGGGGGAAUUCAGUUUUAUAUUUAAAAUAAAUUGUAGUUUCCUAAAUAUGUAUACAAUGUACUGUACAAUGGAUACUGUGUGCUGUUUGAUUCUGUUGAUGUGAACCAAUUUUACAUUUAUUUUCUCUCUGCAAUGCCUCGUUCAGUUGUACAAUUAAUAUUACUUCUGAUUUCUCCUGCCUUCUGUUCAUCCAGAAAUUUAUAUGUUUUAACUUUUUAAACUUCAUUUCAAUGAAAUUCUGUCUCAUAUGUAGACUUUACCAAAAGAAGCCCGGACUGUGGGGGGUUAGUGGAAGGUUGGGGUGGUAGAGGACUUUGGAAGCAGACCAGCUCUAGGGAUUAAAAUUCAACGUUAUUCUAACCCAGCAACAAGACUGAUGAUAUGUCAGUAAUGUUUUUCAUUAUGAUUUCUGUGAAAUUUCUGUAAAAGUCCAUUGAUCUGAGAAUAGUAGGAAGGAGGCCACUGUUAUUGUUAUUGUUGAGAAAUAUAUAUGUGGAUUGUUCAUGUUUUAAAAACAACUUGUACUGUAAGUGAAGUUCGUAAGUCAGGUGCUACAAUGAUUACAAAAAAAAGGGUACAGGAUGCUCCUAGUAGGAGAAUAAAGACAAAUAACUUGUGUAUAAACGAUGAAUCUGUUUUUUGGCACCUUGAUUGCAUUGGCCAUAAGGUAUUCUUGAUAGGGUUAAAUGAAAUUAUUUAUGUUGUAGGAAAAUUGUAUCAAUGGCUUUUGCAAGCUUUUUAGUGCCUUUACUGGGGGAAACAUUCAUUUUAACAGCUGUGAACUAGCUUUACAGUUAGUUGCCUUUAAUGUAAUUAAAUCAGCAUGUAGAAUAUGCAAGUACAGGUUUUUGGUGGCUGUUUAGUUGAUGGAUACCAGCAAAUGUCAAAUCCAUGUCGUCCUGCAGACACAUAGGGAGCACUGUUCACUCUGGAAGUAAUUUUCUAAAUCCCGGGACAAAGUGCGUUUUGCACCACCACAUCUCGGAUCACUUGUUCAAGGUUCGUGUAAGUAUGUGAACAUACAUGGUCUUAAUAACUCUGGCCCUUCCCACAGCACAUCUGGGAUAUUUAUGGUACGUCUAUUGCAUCAAUGUGAAACGAUAAGCCUCUGAGAAAAGAAUAAAUUAAAAAAUGAAAGCUAAUUGUUUGUGUUUCUGCACAUUUUGAGGCUUUGAGUGAUGUUUUGAAAAGUCUUAAUGUGCAAAUGGAGCACGCGGCCUUGUUUCAUUCUGCUAAUUGGUGGUGAAUGUUUCCAUUGUCCUGAUGUGGCUUGCACUGCGUAACUGAAGUGCAAACAACGUUAGUGUUGUGCCUGUUAAAUUCCCACUUGUGAUGCUCUCAAGAUCAAAGUACCACUCUUCCCAGCUGGAGGUUCUUAACCCUCUUAAUUUCAUUGGGUGAAAACGUGAUAUUUGUAAAGGAACCUAAGUAGAUAAUGAAUUUAAUGUACAAAUAAUCCCUUUACUUUUACUUAAAUAAACCUGUUAAAUGGGGACAAGAAUGUUCUGUGCUGCAGAGGUGUCUGUUUCCUUUGUUUGAACUUCAAUAUGUGGCGUGGUAGCCACCUUGCUCUGACAGUGGCCACCCACCAAGCCACAGUCCUGGCCUCCACUUAACAGCAAAGAUUGCCUAAUUACAGAGCUUAUCUUAUGAGGGUAAUGGAUAGGUCUGAAAGGUGAGAUUCCACACAUCAAGGGGUCUGUCAGCAAUCGAUUUUUAUUUGCUAGUUUUAACAAAUAGAUUUAUUUUUUGUGCAUUUAUUAUCUUAGUUUUUAGCAUGAUCUUAGGAUCAGAAUUGGGUUUAAUGUCACUGGCAUAUAUCAUGAAAUUUGGGCAGCAGUACAAUACAUAAUAGAACAAAAUUGCAGUGUGUAUGUAUAAAAUAAGUAGUGUGAAAAUAAAAAAGUAGUGAGGUAUGUUCAUGAGUUCAAUGUCCAUUCAGAAAACAGAUGGCAGAAAGGAAAGAAACUGUUCCUGAAUCACUUGAGUGGGUGUCUUCAGGCUUCUGUACCUCCUCCCUGAUGAGAAGAGGCCAUGGCCUGGGUGGUGGAGGUCCUUGUUGAUGGAUGUCACCUUUUUGAGGCAUCGCUCCUUGAAGAUAAGUUGAGUGAGCUAGGGCAUUUUCUCAAUGGAGAACAGGAAGUUGAAAGGUGACUUGAUAGAAGAGUAGAUCAAGUGGACAACCAGGGAUUUUUUUCCCAGAGAGGAUAUGGUUAAUACAAAAGGGUAUAAUUGAUUGGAGGAAAGUAUAGGGGAAUGUUUGAGGUAGGGUUGUUUUACACAGAAGGUGGCGGGUGUGUGGUACACUUUGCCAGGUGUAAGAUAUGUUAGGGACACUAAAGAGAUUUAGAUAGGUACAUUGAUGAACAAAAAGUAGAGGGCUAUGUGGGAGGUAAGCAUUAGAUUGAACUUGGAGUGGGUUAGACUAGGCACAACAUCAUGGGCUGAAGGGCCUGUAUUGCACUAUCUUCCAAAUACAAGCUGCCUGGUUUAAGAGAGUAUGGAUUAUGAUCAGAGAUUUAAGGGAGCUAGGGCUUUACUCUUUGGAGAGGAGGAGGAGGAUGAGGAGACAUGAUAGAGGUGUACAAGAUAUUAAGAGGAAUAGACAGAGUGGACAGCCAGCGCCUCUUCCCCAGGGCACCACUGCUCAGUACAAGAGGACAUGGCUUUAAGUUAAGGGUCAGAAAGUUCAAGAGGGAUAUUAGAGGAAGGUUUUUCACUCAGAGUGGUUGGUGCAUGGAAUGCACUGUCUGAGUCAGUGGUGGAGGCAGACACACUAAGUUUAAGAGACUACUAGACAAGUAUAUGGAGGAAUUUAAGGUGGGGGUUAUAUGGGAGGCAGGGUUUGAUGGUCAGCACAACAUUUUGGGCCAAAGGGCCUGUAAUGUGCUGUACUAUUCUAUGUUCUAAAUUACAUUUGGACAGGUACAUGAUGGGAAAGGUUUUGAUGAUAUGAGCCAAAUUGGAACAGCUGAGGAAGGUAUCUUGGUCAG